AUGUAUAACAUUAUUCACAUCGACGAGAAGUGGUUCAAUCUUACAAAGAAAUCAGAGCAUUACCACUUGUUACCCGAUGAAGAAGAUCCACAUCGCACUUGCAAAAUUAAAAACUUCAUUGUAAAGGUGAUGUUCUUAGUUUCUAUUGCUCAUACAAGGUCUUAUGAACAAGGAAACGAACUUUUUUAUGGAAAAAUAGGCGCGAUUCCUUUUGUUACACAAGAGCCAGCGAGAAGGAUGAGCGUAAAUAGAGUUGCUGGCACAAUUGAGACAAAACCAAUAACCUCGGUAAAUAUAGAUAUUAUAAGGUCGUAUUUGAUUGACAAAGUCAUUGCUACUAUCAAGGAAAAAUGGCCAUGGGAGGAUUCAAUAUAUCCAAUAUUUAUUCAACAAGACAAUGCAAGAUCACAUAUUGGUCAAAAUGAUGACGAGUUUCUCCGAGCAACGGUACAAGGUGAAUUUGAUAUUCGCUUGAUGUGUCAGCCUCCGAACUCUCCACAUUUAAAUGUUCUUGAUCUCGGUGUUUUGGUGCUAUUCAGUAACUAA